UCGUGUUGAUUUGUCUCCUCCAAGGAAAAAACCUCUCUCACGAAGGCUGCGAAGGAAAUUAGCUCAACGGAUGAAACAAAGCCUGUGAGACGAUAUCGAUUAGAAGUUUACACAGAAGAAAAUUUCUGUACUUUUUUCUCUGGGUUGUGCAGUUUGGUAGAUUCAGAUGGAAGACGACAAGUGGAGCUUUUGUUUUUCUUCUGCAUCGGCGAGGAACCAUCGAUCAACGCCAACGCCCAAGUAUCCGUCUGGUUCUUGUAUUGCAUUGGAAGAUAUGGAAGGGGGUGAUGAGAUGGCAGUUGACUACCCUUGUCCGUUUUGCGAGGAGGAUUAUGAUUUAGUUGAAUUGUGUCAACACAUCGACGAGGAACAUAGCCUGGAAGCCGAUCAUGGGAUUUGCCCCCUUUGUGCUAGAUGGGUGAAGAUGAAUAUGGUAGACCACAUAAUCGCUCAGCAUAAAAACAUAUUGAAGAGUGAACAAAGACACAGAUUCUACAGGGAUGAGUCGUAUCAAAGGAAGAAUAAGUAUUUGCAAUCUCUUCUCGAGGAUUCUCCACCGACAAGUAAUGCUGCUAAAAGUGUUCCUGACUCGUUAAUAUCGUUUAUCUACAACCCGCCAUUACCCGAUGAGCCAAAGCUUGUGCAGCCUGAUUCAUCAACUGAAGCAAACCCCGAAAGUAAGAGCCUUGAUAAGGAUUCAUCAAAAAAAGACAGGAAGUGGUCGUCUCCCUUGUCAGAUACUGACCAGAUGGAGCGGACAAAGAGGUGUGAGUUUGUGCAGGGAUUAUUGUCAUCUACCAUGUUCGUUGAUGAUGAAUUCUGAGUAAGAAAAUAUAUAUAAGUUAUUAUAUGUAUAACUCUUACACUUGAACUUGAUUAAUACAAGGUGAAAGCUCUUCUGUUUA